AUGGCAUCCACAACGCGAGUAGUAGUGGACGACACGAAUUUUCGUCCAUAUGUGCGGCAAUGCUUGGAAGCGCUGACGGACGACAAUCCCACCGCGUGCGAUGAAUUGUCGGACUGGGAUACGAGUCGCGUGACCGAUUGCAGUUUGCUCUUUUGGCAAGACUUGGGUGAUGGAAAUUGGAAAUUGACGACACCCGGUGCCAACUUGUUCAACACGGAUAUCAGUCGGUGGAAUACGAGUGGAUGUACCACCAUGCGCAGCAUGUUCCACGGCGCGUCCAUGCUAGAUCAAGAUUUGAGUGGCUGGGAUACCAGCCGUGUCACGGACAUGAGUCGACUCUUUCAAGGGGCUGCGCGGUUCGGUUCGUCCAAUACGACGCAAACCAAUCUACUGCAACAGUGGAACACUCACCGUGUCACGGACAUGAGUCACAUGUUCCGCUAUGCCGAGCAUUUUUCCACCACUCGUCUCGAUUGGGAUGUGAGUCGAGUCCAGUUCUUUUCUUACAUGUUUCACGAUGCCACGGCUUUUGCGGGGGAACUUGGGCACUGGGAUGUGUCGGCCGCGCAAGAUCAUACUGGCACUAUUACGACUACACCCAAAUGGGCCUUCAAAUCCAUGUUUGAUGGAGCGGCCGCAUUCAAUCAACCCCUGCAACACUGGAAUGUCACAGGAGCCAAAAGUUUGGCAUUUAUGUUUCAUAACGCGUACUCGUUCAAUCAAGAUCUCUCCUCGUGGGAUGUACAUCAGGUCACCGACAUGACGGCCAUGUUUGAGGGAGCCAAAGCCUUUCAACAAAGACUCUGUUGGAAUAUCAUUCACAACAACAAUAAUCACACCAAUAAUCACACGAGGGUUUUCACGGGAGCAGCACAAGGGACUCACGGCAUGUUGCAAGGGACGCAAGGAACCGUGACACAACAUUGUCAAGAAAAAAUGGAACCAACACAAGCGCAAUCCGGGUCAUUUGUGGGAGUGACGGUGGGGCUACUUCUGCUACUGGUGUUGGGUGGUUUCUGUAUCAUCUGGCAACGACGGCCGUGUCGACGGAAUCGAAACAUUCGGCUCCCCAAACGAAAACGAAAACGAAAAAGAACACGACAAUCUAUUAGUAUUGUGGAAGAAGAACAAGUCUUUUUUGGACAAACCACCGAGGAAAUUCAACAACAACAACACCAAGACGAUUAUCGUCAUCACGAACAACAAAAGAGACAACAACCACAAACGGACGAGGACGAUUCUUCGUGCUUGGAAGAAGAAGAAGAAGAAAUUUGCUUUGACAGUGCUGACAACGACGACGCAGUGUCGCUCUUUGGAACGGGGUGGUUCUUUUCCGAACAAACCUUGUCGAUUCUGUCCAUGGUACAUAUGGGUGGUGACGACGAGAAAGAAGAUAGAGAGGCGACUACAACUACAACAGCACGAAGGAAUCUGCAAGUGUUGCCAGAUGGGGGAGUGUGGUGCUAG